AUGGAAGUUAGUUCACAAGAAAGUUUAAGUGAUCAGGAUAAUAUAGAAUGGGUUAGUACGCUGAUACCUACUACGCCUCGUUCAAAUAACGUUAAUGUUAAAAACCAUAAUUAUAACCAAGAAUACAAGAUACAGUUGAAAGUAAUUACUUUUAACAAAAGAACAUGUAUUCGUAUGUUUUCUUCUGGAGCUGGAGAUAUGGCGUUUUUAGUACGUGGAAAAACACGAGAAAUUUCGAUUUGUUUACAUAAUAUGAAAGAUGAAAUUGUUAUAAAUGUUAAAGAAAUUGAAGAAUUUCGAAUCGCAAAAGACCGAUCCAUUAUUUUAAAAUUGAAUCCAAAUUUUGAUCGAACGGAUCCUACAAACGAUCAUUUUUCUGAUUUGAAUUGUUUAUGUCUUAAACCUGAAGCUUUCACAAAACAUGGAGAAAUAUAUGAAGUAGAAAAGUUUAUAAAAAAAUUAAUGAAUGAGACGGGUCAAUUAAAUAAGGCUACGUUUAAUAACUGGACGACUUAUAAUCCUAGAAAUAUUAAAAAUGAUGAUUCAAAGGAAGACCAUUCAAAAGGGACACUUCAACCAAAUUCGACUUUGAAAUCUUCAGAAGUCGCGACAGUUCAACAAAAAGAA